AUGGCGGCUUGGGCGUCGACGCCCAGCAUUGGCCCUGGAGCCAUGCUCGCGUGGGCUCAGGCCAAGCUGAACGACCUCACCUCUGCCUGCGCGUGCCCGCAAACAGACGGCUUCUGCGCCAACGAGUUCUGCGAUGUGGAGGGGGAUCAGGACAAUCCCCACAUCGAGAGAUUCAACCGUGCCGCAGAGGCAGUCGAGGAUCCAUCGCAGCUCAGGACGCCGAGGACCGCUGCCACCGGUUGUGGCGUUCCAUCGCCGAAGAGCCCUUGGCCACACCGGCAGUCCAGCACUGGCAGCGCCUUCACGGACGUGAGCGAACCCGCGGCGGCGACUCCGCCCCGGGCGGCGUUGUCGGCCGCGCGGCCGUCGAGCUGGGCUGCGGUCGCGGCCCCGGGCGGCGGGAAGCGGCCGUGCGCCCGGGAGCGGGCCGCCUCCAUCGAGCGCCGGGCCAGGGAGAAGGAUGGUGCGAAGCACGCUGCUGAUGAGGCGGCGCUGCGCUUGGCCGAGGACGCGGCGCGGCUUGCGGCCGAGGAGACGGCACGGCGCACAGCGGAGGAGACGGCGCGGCGUUUGGCCGAGGACGCGGCGCGGCUUGCUGCCGAGGAGGCGACGCGGCGCACAACGGCGGAAAAGGAGGAAGAGGUGCGGCGCUUGGCCGAGGAGGCGGCGCGGCGCACACUGGAAGAGCAGGAGGAUGCUCGGCAGGCGGCCGAGGACGAGGCGCGUCUUGCGGCCGAGGCCGCGGCGCGGCUUGCGGCCGAGGAGAGAGCGCGGCUUGAGGCCGAGGAGUCGGCGCGGCUUGCGGCCGAGGAGUCGGCGCGGCUUGCCUCGGCGGAGGAGGCCGCGCGUCUUGCGGCCGAGGCCGCGGCGCGGCUUGCGGCCGAGGAGAGAGCACGGCACGCGGCCGAGGAGGCGGCGCAGCGGCGUGCGGCGGAGGACGUGGCCCGCCGCCUCCUGGAGGGCAUCGCCCGCCGCGUGGCGGAGGAGGUUGCCGCGGCCCAGCUCGCCGCCGUGGCCGCGGAGGGCGAGGCGGCCGUUCUGGAGAGGGCCGCCCGCGCCACGGAGGAGGGCGAGAGCUGGUCACUGGAGGACUCGGUGCGCCACUUGCGGAUAGGCAGCGGCGACUCCUUGCAUGUGAACGCGGAGGCUGUCGUAUAUCACCUUCCCGACCGAGAUCCUGCCAGCGGGACGCCCGACUUCCGGCCAGUCGUGUCCGACGGGACGCAGGCCUCAACUUCGCCGUGUUAUUUCUUCGACCAGGCCAGUUCUCCCAAGGAGGAGGCCGCCAGCGCCGGGCCAGCUGCGGCGCCGGCGCCAGACAUCGUAGCCACGCACCUGCCCGACCAAGAUCCGGACCUCACGAUGGACCUGUCUCUGACCCCGCCCUGCGACGCUGCCGCGGCGCUGGCGACACCAGUGCCGCAGCGUCCCGUCGUCGCCACUGCGGCCAGCGACUCGGAGGCCAGCACGGCUUCGGUCGAAUCCGGUGGGCUGCAGCCCUUGGAGGCUGCCUCGGCAACCUCGGCGGAGGUCAGCGCCGCCCCCGGCUCCGCGCGUCGGGCGUCCCCCCUGGAGCGGAAGCUGGGGGCGGCAGGGUUCAGAUGGGCGGAGGCGGCGGGGGAUGCCACUGGCAGCAAGCCCAGCCCGCGCACGCAGCAAGGCAGCAUCCAGGAGCGGAUGAAGGCCUACCAGUCGGCGGCCGCAUCGGCGCCGCAGUCGCCGCCCACGUUGGGCGGCUCCUCGGCGCCUGGGUCGGCGAGGUGCCCAGUGCCAUCAGCAAGAAGGCUGGGCGUGGUGGCCGCCGCGAAGGAGCUCGUGGAGAAGCAGCAGCAGGAGCAGGAGCAGCAGCAGCUACACGCGGCCGAGAAGUCUAGGUCGCGGAGGUCGCCAAGCCCCGCGCGGCAGCCCUCCAAGGUGUCAUGGGUGCUCUCAGGCGUGAUGGAGCAAAGGGUGCUGAAGACGGGCCUUCUCAGACUACACCGCAUGCUCUGCAGCGACGGGCAAGCAAGCGAGUUAGAGCUGCCCUCCUGUGCUGACGGCUCCGCCAAGGUGCGCCAGGGCAAGAAUUUCUUGCUGCGUCUGCUAGGCGACCAGCUGGAGUUCAAGAGCUGCUCUCAGAGCGACGUUUCCUCGGCCCAGGCUGACCUGCGACACCUGACGUCGGAACAGCUGCUGCGCAUCCGCGCACAGACACUGGACUUCGCCACCCAGUCCUCGAGCCACAGCGCACACCUCAGCUUCCUAGAGAUGGUUGACAGGCAGCUCUUCGCAAAGUUCGCGAGGCGGUGCCUGCCCGCGGGCGUUGCCGAGGAUGCGAGGCUGGAGGUGCUACACGCGGCCGGAUUGCGGAUUGUGCUGGUGUUGGGCGCGGAGGAGCUGCUGGCCACCGGCUGGGGUCGGCAGGCGGACCCAGCAGCGGAGCCGCUGCCGAUGCCGUCCUGCUGGGUGCUGCCGCUGGUGCCAGCGGACUGGCCGGGGGAGUGCCAGAUGGCCGCCUUCAGCAGCGCCCGCUUGAGGCUGGAGGCGCUGCCCGGCGAGCGGCCAGAUCUCUCAGGGCAGGUGGCGCCGGGCGAGCGCGUGGCGCUGGUCUGCGACCGGAGCUCGGGCCAGGGGGUCAAUAGAGUGCUUCACUGGGAGAUCUCGGCGCUCGACCCUACCGUUGAGGACGUCAUCGACGAGCUGGCGCAGCAAGGCAGUACCAACGCCAGGCAGGAGCAGAGCAAGUCCCUCGCGAAUGAGCUCUCGGCCGCGCUCGCCAGGCGACCGCGGCCCCCGGAGGCGGCCGCCAAGAUCGUGCCGAGGCAGUGA